AUGCCCGCCCCCAGAUUCACUGAAAUCCUCCCGCCCUCUCUCAAGCCCUCCUCGCACACCCACAUCACCUCUCUCUGGUCCAACUACGGCCACAUCUACCGCCUCACCUUCCCCUCGCACCCCCCUCUAAUCCUCAAGCUGAUCCAGCCACCACCACCAACCCCCCGCACCGCCUCCGAAUCCCACAUCCGCAAGCUCCUCUCCUACCGCGCCGAGCGCUACUUCUACACACACCUCUCCCACCACCUCACCCCGCACUCGCCCAUCGCAACCCCGCACCCCGUCUCCCCCGCCUACGCAGACACCACCCUCCUCCUCGACGACCUCACCCCCGCCUACUCGCUCUCCUACUCGCACCGCUACUCGCCCGCCCACACCGCCGCCGUCCUACGCUGGCUAGCAAACUUCCACGCUACAUACUGGAACCACGAGCCGGUGCCCCUCAUCCCCCCGCCCCUGCAGGCCGCCGCGCCCGACACGGCGCAGGGCGUGUGGCAGCGAGGCGGAUACUGGUAUCUGGACACCCGCGUGGAGGAGAUGGAGAGCUUCACCGACGACCCCGGCGACUAUGCGUUCCUGCUGCCGCAUGUCCAGAUAGUCGCGGAGCGACUGCGUGUCCGCCCUGGUGAUCUUGGGUCGACGUUGAUUCACGGGGACUGUAAGGCCGCUAACAUUGUGUUUGCGCCGCCUGGGGUGGGGGGCGAGGUGGCGUGCGCGCUGUAUGAUUUCCAGUACGUGGGUGUAGGGCUCGGGGUGCAGGAUCUCGCGUAUUUCCUGGGGACGUCGGUGAAUGCGCGGGACUUGGAGGGGGGCGGGGAGGAGGCGCUGUUGAGGGUUUAUUAUGACGAGUUGGUGGCGGCGUUGGGGAGGUCGGGAAAUGGGGUGGAGGGGUAUAUGUGGGAGGAUCUGGUGGGGCAGUGGGAGUGCGCGUUGGUGGAUUGGAUGAGGUUUAUGGCCGGGUGGGGGUGCUGGGGGAAUAGUAGGUGGGUGGAGGGACGGGCGAGGAGGAUCUGUGAGCGGUGGGCGAAGGAGGGGAUGAAGUAG